UCUGUGCAAAGCCACUACACUAUAAAUAAGAGGGUUAGGCUCAAUUCACUUGCGAAUCAUCAAAACGGUUUGGAGUCAAAAACUCUGAGAAGUUGAUAGUUAAGGCAUGAGGCGAGGGAUCACGGUCGCAGAAGAGAAGAGCAAUGAGUCCACUGCUCUCGUUGCUGCUCCAAAGGCAUCGGGUACAGCGCGGAAUAAAGGUUCAGGUGGAUCAGUCGACCGGGACCUUGCGCUAGCAGAAGUUGAGAAGGAAAAGAAAUUGACAUUCAUAAAGGCAUGGGAAGAGAGUGAAAAGACAAAGGCAGACAACAAGGCACAGAAAAAGAUGUCUACAACUACUUCUUGGGAAAACAGCAAGACGGCUGCUAAAGAAGCCGAAUUGCGAAAAACAGAGGAACAACUAGAGAAGAAGAAGGCAGAAUACGGGGAAAAAAUGAAAAACAAGGUAGCAUUAAUUCACAAGCAAGCAGAAGAAAAGAGGGCAAUAAUUCAAGCAAAACGAGGUGAAGAAAUUCUCAAAGCAGAGGAAGUGGCUGCAAAAUACCGUGCUACUGGGCACAUGCCGAAGAAGUUCCUCGGGUGUUUCUGAAAAUCGUUGAUCUUGGACUGACCAGAAGGCAAUAAUACUUAAAAGCAAGAUGACCAUCGAAAUUGUUUCUGUUGUUUCAUGCUGUUAGUGUGUGAACCUUGUUGAAAAGGGAAGAUUACUGUCUGUCGUUUGUGCUUCCAUGACGAAGGGCUUGUUUGCCAUGUGAUAUCUGAAGUUCUUAAAUGGUUGUGACUGAUCUUUACCUGUUA